GUCGUCCUGUGUUGGUUUUUUGUGUUGUUCAGCAUUCACGUUUUCUAUACACUCCACUGAAUUAAAUCGAUUUAAAAAGGCCGUUUUUUGGGGGGGUUAGAUAUGGGUGUUAACGACUUGUGGUCCAUCGUGGAGCCGGUUCGUGAGUCGGUUCCGCUGUACAGUUUGAGCGGAAUGACGCUAGCAGUGGACCUGAGUCUGUGGGUGUGCGAGGCCCAGCAUGUCCAAGCGAUGAUGGGGAGAGUCACCAAGCCACACCUGAGGAAUUUAUUUUUCAGGGCGUCAUCCCUCACGCUUAUGGGGGUAAAGCUUGUGUUCGUGAUGGAAGGAGAAGCCCCAAAACUAAAAGCAGAAACCAUGAGCAAGAGGACACAAACAAGAUAUGGAGGAUUCAAAAAGGCUUCUGCCCCGAAGAUUACAGUGAACACCAGCAGAGGGCGCUUUAAAGCUGUCCUUCGAGAGUGUGCAGACAUGUUGGACUACCUGGGUCUGCCCUGGGUCACAGCUGCCGGGGAGGCCGAGGCCAUGUGUGCCUACCUGGACUCACAGGGCCUGGUGGACGGCUGCAUCACCAACGAUGGAGACGCCUUCUUGUAUGGAGCCCGGACUGUCUACAGGAACUUCAAUAUGAACAGUAAAGACCCACAGGUGGACUGUUACAGGACAUCCAGGGUGCAAACAGAGUUACAUCUCUCCAGAGAGAAUCUAGUUGGUCUGGCCGUCCUCCUCGGCUGUGAUUAUAUUCCUAAAGGCAUUCUAGGUGUUGGUAAAGAGCAAGCUCUGAGGCUUAUCCAGAUGCUGAAAGGACAAACACUUCUGCAGAGGUUUAUGCAGUGGAAGGAGGAGAAUGCAGGCGUGUUUGAGGGAGUGAAGAAGGUUCCUCACUGCAACAUGUGUCGACAUCCUGGCUCAGCGAAGGCACAUGAACGUGGCGGCUGUGCGCUUUGCGACAGUACACGUUUCUGUCAACCUCAGGACUUUGACUACCGGUGUCCCUGUGACUGGCACUGCUAUGAACAGGCCCGGCAGGACUUGUCUUUUGAGGCAAAUAUCAGAAAGAAAACCCUGGCAAGUCAACAGUUCCCUUUCACAGAGAUCAUUCGUGAGUUUCUGAUUUCAAAGGAUGAGCCUGUGUUUCAUUUUAAGAGGAGACAGCCAAAUAUGCUGUUGAUGCAGAAAUUUGCCUUUGACAAGAUGGAGUGGCCAAAGCAUUACACCAGUGAAAAGGUUUUAGUCCUGAUGACCUACGUAGAGUUGAUGAACAGAAAACAUGGAAGAGAAAUGUGCUCCCAAAUCAAGCCCCUCAGAAUAUUCAAACCGAGAGUGAGGAAUGCCGUCGCUUGCUUCGAGAUCAUCUGGAGCGCUCCAGAACAUUACGUGUUUCCUGAGGACCGGCCUGCAGAGGAUCAACAUGAAGUGAGGACGGUGGAGGAAGAGUCUCUCUUCCGUGUGGCCUACCCAGAGGUGGUGGGGAGCUACCUGAGAGACAAAGCUCAGGCCGAAGAGAACACGACCAAGAAGAGAAAGCCAAAGAGUAAAAAGGAGAAGCUAUCUGAUGUCUCCGAUGGUAUUUCAGACCUCUUGGCCCAGAUGACCCUCCAGAGUUCCUCCAACACAAAUGCACAAACGCUGAUCCAUGCCGUUUCAAACACAGAGGAACCAGAAGUGGUGGUUUUGGACACUCCGAUGAACCAUAAACAGCAUCUGAAGUUAAAGGAAGACCACAGCAGCCCCAGUACUCCUCUGUCUCGUGCAGAAUCCGAGGCUGUCGCUCCACCGUCUGUCUCUGCCGUUAUCGACGCUCUACACCUGAGUGAUAUCGACUGGGAUGCUUUGUCCUUCACAUCCUCUCCAACUCAACCGUCCGCUACAAACUACAACACUGAGCCCAAACUGAGCAAAACCCCAGACGGUGAUGUCAGGGAAACGGAGGACGAGAGCACAAAGCAGAAAACCUCAGGUGAUGUCAAAGAAGCCGACCUCAGAUCUGCUUCGGAGUUGUGCUACACGGACUGUCCUCUAAGGGAGAGGCUGCUCAUGAGGAACACAGCUAAAGCUAUAAAUCAGAUAGAGGCACACAAUGACGUGGUCUCAAAGCAACUGAACUAUGAGUUGGCUUCUCUCAAACACAUUUCGUCUCAUAACUCAAAGACAAAAGGCCAGAUCCCCAGUAAAGGUGGUAGUGACAGUAAUAUGUCAGGAACGGAAUCUGCUGUUGACAAAAAAGAGCCACUCACGGACAAAAGGCAGUGUGCAACAAGUAAGGCAGAAACAAAGGACAAAUGUAAUGGCUCCCAAAAGCCUCCUGUGAAAUAUAAAUUUGUCCGAAAAGCCAUCUCAUCAUCUGCUGUCCCCCCACAGAGGAGCCACUCUGACCCAGCCCGAAGUGACAAGGACGGGAACAUGCCACAGACCACCAAGAAGAGCGUGUGCAUGAGCAUGAGCAUGUGUUCAUCGAGCGAGGAAAGUGAUGCAGAGAACCAGCAGUCUGGACCUCAAAGAAAAGCUCAAAUCAAGCCCAUGAACAUGAAGAUCAAGGGCGGCUUCCUCUCAGACUUCCCCCUGAAACCUAAAACGAUGAAACCAGCAGCGAAGACAGCUCACACUCUUCAGUUACUACAACUAAAACCUCAGAGCUACAGUGCAGAUAUCGAGAUAAAAGGCAUACCUGCAUCAACUAAAAGCAGAUGCCAGGAUGUCUCCCCAGCUGAUGUGGACGGUGGUGUGUUCCUUCAGACUCCAGCAUCACCUGCGUUCGACAGUGACGACUCAGUUAUUUGUUGUGAGAGUCCACUGCCACUGGCAGAGAGACUGAGGCUGAAAUUCCUGAAGUGAGCCGGACGAUUACAGGAUGAUGGACAAGAACAUGUAAGCUGUGUUGUGUUGAAUGUGAACGUUUAUUCUGAACCUUGGAAAUAGAGGUUGACCAAAAAGUCUCAUCUGAAGGUCCACUUUUUACAGAAGAGCUGCAACAAUUAGUGUCGUAGUCAACUGACGUGAAAUCAGCAACUCUUUUGAUGAUCCGAUAAUGGUUUUAGUAUUUUUUUCAAGCAAAUAUGUCAAACUUUUUGUGGUUCAAGCCUCUCAAAUAUAACAAUUUGCUGCUUUUCUUUGCCUUAACAGUAUAACAGCUUGUAUAUCUUUGUGUUUUUUAUCAGACUAAAAAAGCAAUUGUUGAAAUCAUGAAAUUGUGAAGAAUUAUUAACAAAAUAAUCAAUAUAAACACAACCCGUUACUGUGAUCCUAAAUGGAUCUGUUUCAGCAAAACGAGGGCAAAGUUUAACCACAGUUGUAAAUAUAACAUGCUGAUUAUUAGUGAGAUGUGCUUUGAAAGUUUCAGAAAAAGCAAAGAAAAUUGAACCUUGUGUCAAACUUUCCGCCAUUAUUUUAUUGAAGCUGUGCCAGUAGGUUCUAUACAAUGUUCUGUAACAUGUGUUGGUAUUGAAAAGCCUGACUGAUUGUGUUGCCAAUGAACAAAAAAAAAUGUAAUUGUUACAAUAAAUCCUUUUAUAAAUGUUUAGUAUAACCAAAGUUUGCCUUGCUAUCCAUUCAUCUGAUCCUAACAAGAACC